UGUCUACUUUUUGGCUGAAUUUAAAUUCGGAUAAUUGAAGCAUAUAUAAGGCGGAUGAUCAAAUGGUCAGUGCUAGUUGGCUUAUAGUUUUUGGCCAUGAAGGUCGACAAACGAAUGGUUUUGUUAUGCAUGUGCUUCAUAGCAAUGUGGCAGUUUUCCAGUUGCCUUGGUGCAAAGGAUUGCCUGAAGCUUCACAACUUGACCAGUUCCAAAGUGGAGGCAGUGGCUCUGACCACUCAUUUUGCCGCAGUUCCCCUGGAUGUCAAGUGCUACAGCGGAUGUGUGAUCGAGGAGUACUUCGGCGAUGAUGGGAAAAUCGAUCUGCAGAGAGUGGGAGACCGUGGCACCGAGCAAGAGCAGAUUAUUCUGGCCCAAUGUAAACAGCAGUUCGAUGGCGUCAACAAUUUGGGCAGAUGCGACUAUCCGUAUCUGAUGCUUCAGUGUUUGUUCAUGGGCAAAGCGAGCGGAACGAUCGCUCCGUAAUUCCAGCAAUAUAAAGCAAACCAUACAAAAUAACCAACACUAGCUUACAAAAUAAAAUUGAUCAUUUGCUUCAGGCACGAAAGCUUUAUUUUCUUUUGCCUUUGAAUCAGACAGUAUACAAGAUAAAAGAGUUUUUAAAGCAGUUUGAAAACGUAAAUUACACUUUGAUCCCAUUAAUAAAAGACUAAAAACUAAAUGAAACUUUUGUUUCUGAAGUAAGCUGUUGACUUAAUUUUGUUAGCUAGUUUAAUUAUGUAAAAGCCAAAAACAAUGGUUGAAAUUAUAAAUACGUCCGUUGGUUUGAUAUCUUAUUAUUUAAAUUACAAAUCAGUUAAAGCG